AUGGCCGCCUCGGUGGCCGCCAUCGAACCCUUCGUCACCGACACCCCGGCCUCCGCCAUGCAAUGCCAGACCACUGUGAUGACCUGGACCGGUGGCGUUCGUAACGCCUUUCAACUUGGUCCGAACGGUCCCCUUCCCUGGGACGCGUCUUGCUUAUUUACUGACGAUACCGAUUGCGCUGCUACUCAUUCUCAAUCUAUCGUGCACGACCGGACUUCCGAGCGCCACCUCAGCCUCACGGACGGCACUUUUUCGUGGAACACCGAUCUCCCUGCUAGUGACCACGCAUCCUUCCUGCUCCUGAGUCCUCCGUCGGUUCACGGCACUUACGAACGCCGCGGGCUCCCGCAAACACCGAGCUCUUCUUCUUCCUGA